GGGGGGGGAGCGGGCAGCGCCUCCUCCCCGCCGCCAGGAGCCGCUGCGGGCCGGCAGCCGCCGGGGGGGGGCCGCCUGCACCGGCCUCGGAGCGCGCAGCGCUGGCCGCCCGCGGUGCCGCCGCCAUGGAGCCAGAGCCCUGGGGCGUGUGCGAGGAGAUGGCCAUCCUGCACGGCGCCUUCCUGCUGGCCUCCAGGCUCGUCCAGCCGCGGGCGCUGAGCGAGCUGCGCAAAGGCGAGUGGCCCCUCGUGGGGCCCCCCAUCACCGACGCCCUGAAGGAGAUCGGCGCCUGCUGCCCUUCCCCGCCGCAGGGCAGCCUCUGGAAGAAGGAGGCUGUGGCCGUCGUCUGGGCCAAGGUGCUGCUGCCUGCUCCCCCUGCCGCCUCGCUGGACCAGGAGUGGAGGGAAGAUGCGUUUUUCUCGGUGGGAAGGAUGAUCCCCGACGUUAACCACACCGUCCUGUUCGAGCUGGUCAAGGCCCUCGGCGAGCCCCGGCAUUUUGUGCAGCUGCUGCUGGCGCUGCCCCACGGCGUGCGCCAGAACGAGCUGGAGCGCUUGGUGCAGUACGUCGCAAGUGAGACUUCCCAGUCGGACAUCAGGUUCUUGCUGGACGUGUGGUGGGAGAUGAUGAGACACGAGGAGGGGCAGGAAGACAGAACCGUCUCUACGUUCAGCGCCCUCGUGCAUCAGCACGGGGGUGAGUCCUCUCCGGACGAUGGCCUUCAGCCCCCAAAGAGGUUCAAGGGUGACCCCGGCUCUCCGAGCGGCUCUCCUGCUGCCACCAGCCUGCUCAUGGUCCUGGUAGAGGGGCUAAAAGAAACCUACAGGAGCAUCGCCCAGCCCCGCAUGAGGUGCUACGCCUUGGCCAACCUGGUGGAGCUGCUGUCGGCGUUCAGCGAGCUGGCAGCAGAGGGCAGCCCCCUCCCUGUCACAGAGUACCUGGACAAGGUCGGCUCGGUGGUCAGCCUCUGGAGCAGCGACGCUGAAAGCCAGUACCACCACAGGGCGCUGGAUGAAAAGGUGAAGGAGGCUGAGAGAAGCGUGAGCUUCUCGUCCAUGGCCAGGCUCUCGCGUGAGGAACUCUUUGUGGGUUUGGACUUUCUCUGCAGCUUGCUGCGUGCCUGGGGAGAGGAGCUGCAGGGCAUCCUGAACAGCUCGGAGGAUCCCUGCUACGAGAGCUACCUGCUCCUCAACGCUCUUACCACCUUCAGGAAGAACCUGGUUUGCUUCUCCGAGACUGGAGGCCUGAGUAAGGAUGAGAUGCACAAAGCGUUCGAGCUGCUACAGACCAUCGAGGACUUUGUCAAGAUCAGCACCAGCCAGAAGAGCAAGGAUUCAGACACCAGCCUUGUGUCUGCAGUUGCCAUGACAAUCAUCGAGCAAAAGCUGCACCGGCACGUGGAGAUGUGCUCCGUUUUUGCUUCUGAAGAGACCUGGGUCUUUUCAAAGGGCUGGGUUGAGUGCCUUGUGAAAAACAAAGAGCUCUUCCAGAAACCAGAGCUAGUUCUGAAACUGCUGCAGACUCUGGUGAACUUUGCCAAAUCCUACCACGACAGGGAUGCCCGAGAGAUGCAGAUGCAAGUAACCAAAGCCAUCGUGGAAUGUUACAGUGAGCUUUCACUGACUGACAAAAACCAGGUGAUCUCGGGCGUCCUGGCAUCUUGGGGGGGACCAGGUCUGUCCCUGAACUUGCAGGUGGUUGUGGAGGGGUUCCAGGAGGAUCUCAAUGUGACUUUCAACCAGAUCACGAAGAGUGUGUCUGACGAAGGCCUUUCCAGGGCUGUGGCUUCUGUGGCCAGGCUCACUCUGCUGUACCCUGAGGCCACCAUCAAGCAGGUUUGUAGUCUUGCUGUUGUCAACCUAGGAUCACACCAGUUCCUUGCGCAAAUCCUCUGCUCCCUCCCAGCGCUGAGCUUCCUGGAGACGCCCGAAGAUCCAGGCAGGCCACGCAGCCUGGUGGUGCGGUGCCUGAAGGAGGCAGUAUGGGAGAAGCUUUCUGCUGCAAGGGAGAAGGAGCAGUUCCUUGAGUUUCUGGCCUUUCUCAUGCAGCCAAGCUCAGCUGCUCCACUUGUGUCACCUGCAGAGGUGACCAAAGCCUUUGUCCUUCCCUAUUUGAAAUCAGACUGUGCUCAAACAGAGCUGAGCCUGCAGAUCCUCAGUAAAGUUUUGGGGAUACAGUCCUAUCCAGAAGAAGACUGGAUCGAGUCCUGCCACCCGUUCCCGCUUCUCCUCAGCCUCUGCAAGCUCCUAGAUGGCUACACAAAGUACUGGCGUCAGCCCAGGGGCCAGCCCUUCCCUUCACUGGAGACCAAAGACCUGGUGCUGAGCACCCUUGGCCAGCUCUGUGAGGCGGUAAGACCAGAAGCUGCUCCCUCUGCGGAGGUGUGGGUCCAGUCGCUGGCGUGGCUUCACAGGAAGGUGGCGUCACUGGACUGGACCGUCGGCCUCCGUCUGAAGAAGUUUUACGGAGACCACUUCAAGAACGAAGUCCCAGCCACGCUGUUUGAGAUCUGCAAGCUCCCCGAGGACGAGUGGACGUCCCGGUCUUUGCCAGCCUAUGGGCCGGGCAGCGGGCUCCUGGCGUGGAUGGAGUGUUGCUGCGUGUCCACAGAGCUCAGGGAAACGAUGCUGACGCUCCUCACGGUCAACGUGGACAACCCUGAAGAGGUGAAUCUCUUCAGCAAAGGCUUCCUGGUGGCCCUCAUACAGGUCCUGCCUUGGUGCAGCCACAGCGAAUGGAAGAGGCUCGUGCACGUGGUCACGAACCUGCUGGAGAGGCAAGUGUUGCACGUGCCCUACACGCUGGAGUACGUGCAGUACAUGCCCCUGCUCAACCUCCGGCCGUUUGCCUGCUACCUCCAGCUCUCCGUGCUCUUCCUGCGGGGCUUCCAGCUCCUCUGCAGCUCCAGCUGUUCCACCUGGCUGCCGGCAGACGCCUGGCUCCACGUGGUCCAGCUGUACUGCGGCAGCCUCACGGACCUGCUGAGCUCCAUCAAGAGCACUGCGGGGUCGCCCUCGCAGCCCCCUGCGGACGGGAGCCCCGCGGAGGAGGUGUCCUUUGUCUGCAUCCAGAUGUUCUGCCACCUCCUGCACGUCGCCGCCAUGCUGCCGCCGGACAGCGGGUGCAGCGAGCCGCUGGUGGUGGUGGCGUUGGAGAUCCUCUCGCAGUACGAGGCGUUCAGCUCCGCCGACAAGUCCCCCAGCAACGUGCUGCGGAGAGCCAACGAGAGGCACUUCCUGGAGUCCAUCACGGACAACGUCGGCGACGAGGAGCUGCACAGCACCCUCCUGCAGAAGCUCAGCAAGCUGGGAGCUUAGGCAGCCGGCUUGGUCGGGGCAGCACGAGGAGCUAACGAGGGCAACAGGGGAGAGCAUUGGCCCUGCCGCAGGGGAGCUGCUAUGUGGAAAGCUGUAAGAUCUGUAAUAAACCUUGUCUAUUUUUCUCUUUCGAA